AUGGUAAACAAAAUAAGAGUUUUGACAGUUUUUGUGUAUGUAAAUCCAGUACUUUUUCAUGCAUCAUUUCGGUUACAGAAUGACGCACGAAGAAAUAUCUUAUUAACAACAUUUGGGUACAAUGUCGGUGGCACCUUCGAUUUUAGGUUGUACAAUUUCACUGUUCCUGUUGAGCUGGUGUCUCCAGAUGUGGUUAAGGAACAGCGUAAUACCGACAGAUUUGGUGUAAUCGGAUUUACAUUAUCUCGAGGUAAGGAUGUACUAGAUGGUGUUCGAAUGAAACCACAUGUGUGUGAAUUAUCACAACUUGAUCAAGGUUAUGACGCUCUUUUUUUCAUAUUUAAUUUUACCCAAAAUAGCCUGAAGGUUUUACGCACCGGAUCAAUCUAUAAUUUACAACUGUGCGGAAAUUUGGAAAGUUGCCCAAAAUUAACAAGCCCAACUUCAUCACAAUCUUCACUUAGUGAUGGCACAGAUAUAUCUACAAAGAAAGAAGCAUAUGUUAUCGAUACUGAAAAUGAAUCUGGUCUUCUUAACAAGCUGCACAGACUACAUAACAUGUUUUUCCCAGCAACUGCUGAUGAAACAUUGUACAAAGACUAUGUUCCACUUAGUCUUUCUGGUGAUCAGUAUUCUACUGCGUUUUCAAUUCGUUUCACGGAAGGACAAGAAGGUAGUUACAGUUUUAUUUAUCACAACUGCUUCAAUUAUCGUGCACACGGUUACAACAAUCAAGUUGCUGUACAUUUCACGGUUGACAUUACUGAACGUAACAUCGGGUCAUAUCUUUCUGCUGGUGAUAUAGCUAAACCCAAAUUUUAUUUGUUAAUGUCAGCAAUGUUUGCACUCGCUGCCUGUAUUUGGAUGCAAAGCAUUUAUCGUUCAAGACCUGGUACGGUGUAUAAAGUCCAUCACUUGAUGACAGCACUAGUCAUCUUGAAAGCGUUAUCUUUAUUAUUUCAUGGUACAAAUUAUUAUUUUGUAGCAGUAUAUGGACAUCAGCGCGAGAUUUGGGCUAUUGUUUACUAUAUUACGCAUCUAUUGAAAGGUGCGUUAUUGUUUGGCACUAUUAUUCUUAUUGGAACGGGAUAUACAUUCUUCAAGAACUUUCUAACAGAUCGAGACAGAAGACUGUUCAUGAUAGUUAUGGAUAAUGUUGCUAUGAUAAUUAUUGAAGAAAGUGAAUUCGGGCAGCAGGGUUAUCAAUUUUGGUUGCAGAUAUUCAUAUUUUUUGAUCUUCUCUGCUGUGUUGCAGUUAUUCUUCCAGUUAUAUGGUCUAUGCGUCAUUUGGAAGAGGGUUCUCGAAGUGAUGGAAAAGCAGCUUUCAAUCUUGAGAAAUUAAAAUUAUUCCGACAUUUUUAUUCAGUCAUUAUAGGCUAUAUCUAUUUCACUCGCGUAAUCAAAUUCAUCGUUGAGGCAGUAGUACCAUUUAACUACAAUUGGAUAACUGAUUCAGUUGUAGAGUCAUCGACUCUUUUAUUUUUCGUUACUGCGGGCUAUCAGUUCAGACCGCAAGAAAAAAAUCCGUACUUAAGGUUGUCUCAAGAUGAUAGCGAUGAUGCAGAAGCAAUAACGAAGAAUGGUAUUUUCGAGAAUAUUUCAAGGUUAAAGCGAUUUUCUGUACGUGAUGAAACUUUGGAUGAUAUACCAGGUGUCCUAGGUGGUAAUAUUAGGGAUUCGGAGGAUAGCGCUCCAGAGGAUAGUUUUUAUGAAAGAGGAUCAAAACUGACGCCGAAAUCAUCAGUUCUUUGA